AUGGAAGAAAGUGAAUAAAAAUACAAAAGUGAAAUACAUAAACUUAAAUCAAAUCUAAAUGGAGAACUUUCAGAAACUAUAACAAGGAUGAGAGUUUAAAAUGAAGGCGAAAUAAAUGCUUUGAGAGCUUAAAAUUAAAUAGAAAUUAAUAGAAUCGAAAAAUAAAAAAAUGAAGAAAUUAGAAGAUUAAAAGAACAUGUUUAAAGUUUAAAAGAAUAAUUAAAUAAUGAUAAUUAAGAAUAUUUAGGAAAAAUACAAGAAUUAGAAUAGAAAUACUAAGAAGAAAUUAAAGGGAUCAAUCAAAAGUUUAAUUUAGAUAUGAAAAUGACUUAAGAAAAAAAUGAAAAUUAAUUAAAAUAAAUGUAAGAAAAUUAUGAAGUUGAAAUAAAAAAAAUCAAAGAAAAUUUAAUUUUUGAACAUAAUAAACAAUUGAAAAAAUUUUAGGAUGAAAAAGAUAUUGAAAUAUAAACAUUAAGGAAUUUACAUGAAGAAAAACUAAAUUCAUUAUCAAGAAAGUUUGACUUUUAAUUAGCAGAAAAAACAAGUGAAUUCGAAUAAAAAAUUAAAAGCCUAUAAAAUAAAUUAGAAAGUGAAUAAAAUUAACAUAAUAAAACACAAGAAGAACUAAAGAAACAUAUUUCAAUUGUAAAAGAUCUUCAGAGCAAGUUAUAAUAAUUAAAACUUGAAACUGAUAAUAUUAUUUCUGAACUUACCAAUGAUAUUAAAAAUAGAAUUUAAAUAAAUGAAAAUCUAAGAGAUUAAUAAGAAAAUGAAAUGUCAUUAAAAAAUUAAGAAAUAGAAAAUAUUAAAUUAAACUUUAUUAAAAAAGAAGAACAAUUAAUUAAAAAAACUAAUGAAAUCAUAAAUAAAAAAAUUCAGGAGUAAAUUGAAUUUAUUGAAGCAUCUAGGCUAUAAUUUGCUGAAGUUGAAGAUACUUUAAAUUAAAGAUAUUAAAAAUUAGAAGUUGAGUAUUAAAUUUUUUUAUUUUUCAUCUUAUUUAAAUUUUUUAUUUAUAUAAGUUAUAAGGAUUUAUAAUAAAUGUUUGAAGAAAGACCUUCUAGACCUGAAGACAUCGAAAAUAUAAAGAUUUUACAUUAAGAAAUAUUAAGAAGAGAUUCUGAAAUUAAUAAAUUACAUGAAUAAAUGAAAUUCUUUAAACUGGAACUUAUUAAUAGAGAAAAUAAUUAUAACAAAAUUUUUAAUGCUAAUCCUAAUAUAGGAGUAUUAAAUCCAUUAGAAAACAAAGUAAGUAUAUAUUUAUUUAUUUAUAUUGCAAAAUAUAUAAAAAAUAAAAAGUAAAAUAUCCAAAAGUUAAACAAACAAUAAAGUAUAAAUUCAGGAACAGUUACAGCAAACUUAUAGAAAAGACUAAGCAAAAUAUAAUAAUAAUGA